AUGACGGACAGAAAUACCCCAAAAACUCGGCCUCAGUACAAGCCUGUCCACUCGGAUGAAUAUCCCCUGGAUGGACCAUCCGACUACGACGAAAGUCAUUCCAGGACAGAACCAACAGCACCUUCAAAGAAUAAUGUCUCUGUAUUCUCCCAAAAUCGAGGGACGCAAGGGCCAAGAGCCAAGCCAACCGGUUGGCGACUUAAGACGAUCCUGAAGAAAUGGCGCAUACAAGCCAUUCAAGCUGUGAUCCAGAGGAAGAAGAAUCCCCAGGUGCCUAUUGUGAAAGACCGCUUAACCGCAACCUUGGCUGCCCUGGUCCAUCUGCCGGCGAUUGCUGGCAUCAUUACACUGAGUUUCUACAUCUUCAAGAAUUACUACAUUGGCAAGGAGCUUGAAGGAAAACCCAACUACGAUGUCGAGAAAAAGCUUGGGAUCCAGUUCGCGGCCAAGUUGAUGGAAAUGUUGAUUGUGCUGUCUCUCAACGCAAUCGUGUUUUCCAUGAUCCGACAUGAAUCCACGAUCGGCCAGUCUGUUCCUUACGGCGCUUUGGUGGCUGGGCAGCAGAUAUCUGAGAUCAGCUUCCUAUGGUCUGAAGAGUUUCUCAGCAUUAUCAAGGGGAAGUUCUCUCGUACGUGGAAGAAAAUUGGUUUCAUCAUCACUGUGUUCAUCUGUACUAUCAUGGCACUGGGUGCCUCGUCUCUCAGUGCUGUUGCGAUGAUGCCACAGGAAGGUGACUGGAGAGCGGGCGGUAGUUUUGUCUACUUCAACGGCACCCGCGAGGAGAUGUUCCCAACUAACUUGACGGAUGAAAACACGAUCGGUUCUGCAUGCGAAGUGACCGGAAACGAGUUAUGUCCAUCCUGGCAGUGGGAUGUGAUCAAUAGCCAGUUGAUCUCGAAACUCCGACUGUCGGGCCAGGUGGACAACGGGUUAUUUGUCAGACGGCCCCCGAAGGAAAUCUUACUGGCCGGAUUAUCUUCGACACUUGUCAACUUCGUGGUUGAUAUCAGAGAGAAGUGGAUCAACCUGAAUAGCCCCAACCAUACAGUUGCCAGGAUGCCACAUCUUGGACCUGCUGAAGCCUGUGUUACAACGUCGCUGCACUGGGAGCAAGCUGUGGGAGAUUCUGCCAAGAGAGGCCAAACUCGCCUCGACAGCUACCAGAAACUCAGCCACAAGCUCAAUGCGCCGAUGCCCAUGACUAAUACGAGGUGCGAGCUCACAUCAGUAAGCAACACCACAGCAAAGACGAAGACGGUUUUGUUCCCUGACUUCGUGGCAUUCCCACCUACAACUCUGAACGUCACGAACGAUGUUGUCAGCGAUUGGUUGUCCGAUGUACUCCCUAGCCUGAAGAAACCCGAAGUGUUCUGGUUCGACUCAGCACCUAUUAUCGCACACACUUCUGUUGGCGUAGUAGUAGCUGUGCCCUCUAACAGGUCAAGCGAGGCCGCUGAUAUCUACGGGUGCAUGAUCGAUGCCCGGUGGGUUAUGACAGAUUUAAGCGGUGAUGCAGUUGGUAUGGUCAGCAAAGGCUACCCACCAUUCUCCGACCCCAUUCCUACCUCACUUGGAGGCUCCUGGAUUGGUAAUCAAGGCUACGGUCAGCGUGUCUACCUUGCACCCAGCUUUGCUAAAUAUCUCAACCCUCUCGACUCGAAGACGAAUAGAACUGUUAUCCAUGAGAUGCUUCUGAAUAGCGGUGUAUGGACCAGCGACGGCAAAGGGUCAAAAUCACCAGCGCACCUAGAGGCGAUCCUUGGAGCCUUGGCGGCCAACGGUCUUGGGCGAUCAACACCCAACACCACUGCCAUCACAACUCUAGCUGAUCCCGACGGCGAAUGGUGGAAGAGCUUCAUGCCGCAGGAUGGCAAAGUAUUUGGUCCUGGUGGAAGUCCCUAUUCCGUGUCAGAGGAUGACAAAAAACGUUACUUCAAGACAGAGAUGGAAACUUGGGUGACCGGGUUUGCCUUUGCCGACAACAGUCUGACAAUGCGUGGCGCCAUGGCUGUCUUCUACGUCUAUGCGCUUCUCGUCAUCUUGUACUCACUGUGGUCUAUCUGGUCGGGCAUCACGUCGUCUUCGUGGGAGUCUGCGUCGGACAUUCUGGCGCUCACCCUUGCAGAACGGAGCACAGGAAUAGGCUCGGGAGAUGCGUAUGGGCAAGACCCGGAUAUAAUGAGUCAAAACUUUUGUGUUUCAACAGAUGGAAGUACACUGAGACUACGGGCAACUAGGGGGUUGGUGCCGGUCGAGAACCGGGUUAAACCUAACCAAGCCUAUGAUUGA